AUGGAGCAUGGGCGGGCUCGGCAUUCCGGCCCACCUUCAAGCAACUUUACUUUUCCUACACUGCAACAGCUGCUUUCCACCAAUUCACCGCCCGGGACUCCAUUUCAUCCUCGUACGCCCUCGAGAGCCUUCCGUCCCCUCCGUCUCCUCGCCACCCCGGAAAUCGCAAACCUGGACUCUGCGUCACCAGCACGCGGUCAGUUAAUGGCCACCUCCCAUGAGCGGACAGCUGUGGAAGAAGUCGAACACGAAUAUGAAGCUCUCCCUCCCAACUUCUCCCUGUCGGCGAACAUGCUCGCAGGCGCCUUCGCCGGCAUUGCCGAACACUCGGUCAUGUAUCCGGUCGACUUGUUGAAGACGCGCAUGCAAAUAGUUAAUCCGUCCCCAACCGCCAUGUACACAGGCAUAUCCAAUGCCAUGGUCACCAUCUCAAGAGCAGAAGGUUUCCGCACAUUAUGGAGAGGUGUCUCGAGUGUCAUUGUGGGAGCUGGGCCGGCGCAUGCUGUCUAUUUUGCGUCUUAUGAAGCUACCAAACAUGCUCUGGGUGGUAACGAGGGAGGCAGCGAGGAACACCACCCUUUUGCAGCCGCCGCCAGUGGAGCAGCCGCCACAAUUGCUAGUGAUGCGCUGAUGAAUCCAUUUGAUGUGAUCAAGCAGCGCAUGCAGCUGCACGGCUCUAUUUACCGGUCGGUUCCGCAAUGCGCUCGCGAGGUGUUCCGCAAUGAAGGCUUAGCCGCAUUCUACGUCUCCUACCCUACUACUCUUUGUAUGACGGUCCCGUUCACAGCACUACAAUUUAUGGCCUACGAAUCCAUAUCGAAGGUUAUGAACCCCACGGGACGAUACGAUCCCUAUACACACUGCUUCGCCGGAGGAUUGGCGGGAGGAAUCGCGGCUGGAUUUACCACACCGCUUGACGUUAUAAAGACACUCCUUCAGACCAGAGGCAACGCCAACGAUGUCGAGCUCCGCAACGUGUCAGGGCUGAUGAACGCGGCACGGAUCAUCAAGGAGAGGAACGGCUGGAGUGGCUAUUUCCGGGGGCUGAAGCCGCGCAUCAUCACGACAAUGCCCAGCACAGCCAUUUGUUGGUCCGCAUACGAAAUGGCAAAAGCCUUCUUCAUCGCGCGCAACGAUCGCAGUCAGCCCAGAUAA